AUGAUGAUCGAUGAAAUCUCGUCCGUGGAAUUCCCCAGAUGAGGUCGCUCCACUAGAAUCUGCAGAUUCCGUUCUUCAUCUCCGCCGCUACACCGCUUCAGAAUGGUCUCGCCAAUCAGAUGGGUGGCUCCGCCUCCACCUCCAACUGGCCACUGCCACCAUACAAUUGCAUAAUGUAACGAUAUGAAACUGCAGAUCUGACCAAUUUCAAUCCAAUUCUGUCUGUGGCCAGUUCAAAUUUAAAUCGCAUCGACGAAUUGAAAUUGUUCGUGGCGCCAUACGACUGAUGUUUUAUCUGCCCAAUUCCGCCAUAAAACGAACUGAGAUUGCAGAUCUAGCUGACCAUCGCCUCACCCUGAUGAGAGAAAGAGUGUGACAAAGGAAAAAUGGGGUCAGUUGUAAACAGUGAAGUCCCAAAGCCUCAUGCCGUGUGCGUCCCCUACCCUGCCCAAGGGCACAUCAACCCAAUGCUAAAGCUAGCCAAAGUCCUCCACCACAGAGGCUUCCACAUUACCUUUGUCCACUCAGAAUUCAACCACCGCCGCCUCCUCCGCUCCCGGGGACCGGACUCCCUCCGCGGCUCCCCGUCCUUCCGGUUCGAGACCAUCCCCGACGGUCUUCCGCCGUCCGACGCCGACGCCACCCAAGACAUCCCCUCCCUCUGCCGUUCCACCUCCACCGCUUGUUUACUCCCUUUCAUGGAACUUCUGACCAAACUCAACAAAGACUCUGCCGCCGCGUCGUCCGAUGCGCCGCCGCCGGUUUCGUGCAUAGUCUCCGACGGGGUCAUGAGCUUCACGGUGGCUGCCGCCGAGCAGUUGGGAGUCCCGGAAGUUCUGUUUUGGACGCCUAGCGCCUGCGGCUUCUUGGGUUAUAUGCACUAUUCCAAACUCGUCGACUUGGGUUACACCCCACUUAAAGAUGAGAGCUGUCUUACAAAUGGGCAUCUAGAGACGAAGCUGGACUGUGUGGAGGGCAUGAAAGGCAUAAGGCUGAGAGAUCUUCCGAGUUUCGUGAGGACCACGGACCCGAACGACUUCAUGGUGAAAUAUUUCCUUGAAGAAACGGAGAGAGCGAAGAAGGCGUCCGCCAUUGUCAUCAACACCUUUGACGCAUUGGAGCACGAGGCUCUCGCGAGCCUCCGGUCCAUGCUUCCGCCCAUCUACGAUGUGGGCCCCUUACAGUUACUCCUCGAGAACGAGGAGGACGACGGGGUUAAAACGCUCGCGUCCAACCUCUGGAAGGAGGACGCGACGUGUCUGGAUUGGCUCGGGACGAAACGACCGAACUCGGUCGUUUACAUCAACUUCGGGAGCAUAACGGUGAUGACCACAGAGGAGCUGGUCGAGUUCGCCUGGGGAUUGGCGAACUCUGACGAGCCGUUCCUGUGGGUCAUCAGGCCUGACCUGGUCACAGGGGAGGGAGCCAUGCUCCCUCCCGAGUUCGUGGAGGAGACGAAAGACAGGGGAAUGCUCUCCAGCUGGUGCCCUCAGGAGCAAGUCCUGGCCCACCCGGCGGUCGGAGGGUUCCUGACCCACUCCGGGUGGAAUUCGACCCUGGAGAGCAUAUGUAACGGCGUGCCGAUGCUGUGCUGGCCGUUUUUCGCGGACCAGCCGACGAAUUGCCGGUUCUCGUGCGUCGAGUGGGGGGUCGGGAUGGAGAUCGACGGGGACGUGAAGAGGGAGGUGGUGGAGGGGAUGGUGAGGGAGCUGAUGGAGGGGGAGAAGGGGGAGGAGAUGAGGAGGAAAGCCAUGGAAUGGAAGAAGCUGGCUCAAGACGCUGGAGCUGCCGGCUCAUCCUAUAAGAGUAUAGAUAAAUUCAUCAAACAUCUCAAGAGCCAUUAACUGACACUUUUGUUGUGCUCAUCUCAUCGCAGUUUUCACCGUGUGUGUUGGAGAUAAUUAAAUGUAAACUUGUGCACCAUAGUGUCUCUCUGUGCUGUAUUUUUUUUCACUUUUUAAGAUCUCUAAUAGGGUUUCUCUUGCCGCCAACUCGGAAGGUGAUGCCUUGAAUAGCUUUAAGACAAACUUACAAGACCCUAACCGCGUGUUGCAAAGUUGGGACAAUAACCUUAUUAAUCCUUG